AUGAAUAGAAAAACACAUUUAGAAGAUUUAUCAAAUGAAAUAUUCUUUGAAAUAUUUGAUUAUUUACAUAUGCUUCAUAUAUUUACUGGUUUUAUUUUAUUAAAUAAACGAAUAUCAAAUAUUUUAAAAUCAAUUCCACUUCAUAUUGUUAUUUCAUUUGGAAAUUCUCGUCAACAAAUUGAUUUUCUUUUGUCUCAUUUAACUUCUCAUGAAGAUCAAGUUAUUUCAAUAAAUAUUUUAGAUAGAAUUCGUGAUCAUUCAUCUAUAAUUCAUUUAUUAUUUAAUCGACAUAAUUUUAUUAAUUUAAAAUCAUGUAAAUUCAUAUCAAUUCAAUCAAUGACUAAACUUAAUAAUAUCAUUAAACAAAUUGGAAAUCUUAAUAAACUUGUUAUACUUGAAUUAAUUCAACCAGAUCGUAAAGAUUUAAAUGAAAAUAAUAAUGAUGAAUUAACUCGAAUAUUACUAACAAAUAAAUCAUCAUCUCUUCGUUCACUUAAACUUCAAUAUCCUAAUCAGUAUUUAAAUAUAUCAAAUUAUACAUUCAUAAAUUCAAAUCUUAUAUCACUUCAUUUACGAAUAUCUGGUUCAUCUUCAACUGUAUCUGUUCAUACAGUUUUACAAAUUUUUCGUCUUUGUUAUAGAAUAUGA